AUGAGUUAUGUCGAUGACGACGACUCGUUUGGGAGCUUUUCCGAUGGUGAAACCAACGAUGUCGCUGAAAGUCCCACAUUUGCAGUCACGGAUCUAUUGACUAGUCUUGGAGAGAAGAAUCAAGAUGCUGAUUAUUUGGUGACGAAAGGGAAUGAUCUAGUGAUUUUGCUUCAGCAGUACCCAUAUAUCAAGGAAGAUUUGGUGUUUAGCGCGUUUGGCCAUCGUAUUCAAAAUUUGUUGAUCCACAGUAAGAAAGAGGUGGUCGCUACAGGUUAUAGAAUUUGCAGAUAUUUUGUAUCAGAUACUAAUUCAAUCAAGAAUCUAAUGGCACUAAGGAUUGAUGUUAUGAUUGUUGUUUCUUUUGCCAAGGGUUCUGGAUACGAUAUUGAAAGAGAGCAGGCUCUCAAGUUGGUCAGAAGAAUCAUGGCCGUGAAAGACGGUGUAAAUGAGUUGACGUUGGGUAUUGCAAAUGCUAUUCAGGCAAUAGCUGAGCAAAUUGACGAAAAAAUGAGAAAUGUUUGCAUUCAAACGAUGUGUGAAAUGUCGUUGCUAAGACCAGAUCUAAUACGACCUGACUCAUUAGUACAGUUCAUCAUUGAUGGUCCUUUUGAACAAUCACACAUAUGCACAAUCGUUUUAUUAGCACAUCUUGAUUCAGCAGUAGGGAGAAGUUAUAUCAGAAGAUCUGAUAUAUUGAGAUUAAUAUCUCCAUUCACAGAAUUUCCAGUAAAGGGGCAUCUCAAUAAUGAAAAGUUGCAAGUCAGUGCACUUGUAUUAUCAAGACUCUUGAAAAAUUUUGCUGGCCUUAAUGCCUUUUCCAUUAAUAACUUUGAACCCUUGAAAGAUCUCAUAGCAUGCUUAUCAUACCCAGUCAACAGUGUUGUUUCCAAAUUACUAGACUUACUCUUGGACAUUCUAAUGAUUAACCCACUGAACAAGAAGAUCACGUCCCACAACAAAAUGGUAUUAGUUCCCAUGAAGCCUGAAAAUGAAUUUAUUCUCACAACUCAAUACCUUUCUAUGAUGAUUCUUAUAUUGAUGGAAUGUGGUGUCAUUGAAAUGUUACUGGAUGUUAUAAAAAAAUCGGAAGAUGAAAGUAACUGUACCAAGGCUGGCUUUUUAUUAACCGAAAUUUUCAAUUUGACCAAUAAUUUGGUUCCUACUGAAAUGCUGGAAAAGUUUGUCGAUGCAAUACCCCGAUUGAAUGAAGAUUACGAGACAAGUCUUUCAGAUAGUAUCAAUGCAAUUUAUGCAAUUGAAAAGUUAUCAAGAAAGUCAAAUAAAGGAAGAGCAAAUUGGGGACUUCAAAAUGUGAAAACCAACGAAAACUUUAUACAAAUCUCCAAAAAUUCCAAGAAUAAGACUAAUCUAAACAUUGAUGAUACCAGAAUGAAGCAAAUGAUGCAAGAGUCCCGUGUUUUAACAACUAAAAGUUUUUCAAAAUGGAACUGCGAUGUACUCACUGAUUUGUUUAAGGGACCAUUCAUGAACGGAAAAAGGCUAGAAGAAGUUAAUAGAACAACCAAGUUUUUGAAAAGAUUGUUAUCUUUUUAUAGACCUUUCAAGCACAAAUUUUCUGGUACCAAAAAGACUAGACAAUCACAGAGAUUUACAAGGCUAGGGUGCGUGAUUGUUGAAACGCUAUUAACUACAAAUGAAGGACUUAGGAUUUUGAGUGAUGGGAAAAUGUUGCCUCAGAUAGCCGAGUGUCUUGCUCAAGUUGAUCCAUUUAGUGGAUUUGUUGCUAAGGAACAAAUUUUCAGCAAAGAGAGAUUAGCCACUACACUCACUGAUGGUUACUUCAAAAUUUUAGGUAUAUUUUCAAGUAGUGAAGUUGGUAACAAACUUCUUGAGCAAUGGAAAAUAUUUAGCAUAAUGCAUCAUAUUAGCGAUGAUAGCUUCAAGAGAGAUGAUUUGAUAUUUCUGUUUAUGGAUGAAAUAAAAUUUGGGAGACAAGGUCAUUCUAGGGUUUUAUUAUCAAAGUUUUUACACUCACAGAAUAAAGCAAUAAAGAUACACGCUACUAAUCUGAUUCCAAAGCUACUUCACGAAAAAGAGUCCAAUGCUUUUGCUUGUGAGAUAUUAGUUGACCAAUUAUAUGAUGCGGACUUUGAGGUUUGUUCUCUGGCUAUUGAUAUCUUGAACAAAUAUUGUGAGGAAUCUGAAGAAAAUUUGAUGCAAAUUAUUUCGCUAUCACCAAGUAUUCCAAUUUUGAAAUUAAUGGGAUCAAGUGGUAAUUGUCUUUUAAUGAAAUUUUUGUCAGCUCCUACAGGGUUCACAUAUCUCAAUAAUUCCAAUUUCAUAAAUGAGGAGUUAGAGUCAUGGGUUUAUGGGAAUAAAUACCUAUCAUAUGUUCUUCAAAUUGAAAGAAUGUUGAUGGCAGUUGAAGAUGUUGAAUUGGAAAGUAUCAAAACAAGAAAUUUACCAUCAAACUUUUUUGGAGAAUUGGUUCAAACAGAAGAAGGAUUUAAUGUUGUUUUGCGUUCUGGUGCUUUUACUGAAUUUAUGAAUGUUAUUCGUUUAUAUUCAACGAGUUUGCUGAAGCCUCUAAAGGAAAUCGAGAUUGAUUUUCUAAAGACUAAAGCCUGUCUUUGGACUAUUGGGUUUAUCGGAUCAAGCACUUAUGGUAUUGAAUCGUUAGAUGUUAAUGGUUGUAUUGAAGAUGUUGUUCAAAUUGCAAAUAACAGUUCAAAUAUAGGUAUGAGGGGCACUGCAUUUUAUGUUUUAGGCUUGAUAGCUAGAACUGAUCAAGGUAUUGAGAUUUUGGAUGAUCUUGGAUGGAACUCUAAAUUAAAUCUUUAUGAUAAACCAAUUGGGAUUACAGUUCCUUAUGAUAUAAAUCAAUUUUUUGAAGGAAAUGAAAGUAAGCUUGAAAUAUCAUUACCAGGAAGUAGAGUUCAAAUUGAAAGCUUAGAUAAAAAUGAUGAGGUUUUAGAGAAAUUGAUGGAAUUAAUUGGGAAUCUAUGUAACCAUGUGUUUUUAAACAGUGCAACUAAAGAAUUAACUUCAUUAUCCAAAAGAUACCCUGAAUAUUUUGAGGAUCCAGAUAUUUUUUUCCAGGUUUUAAAAUACUUUGAAGUUUACAAGUACAGGUACACUAUUAGAAAAUUUAUUAUUGAAUUGUUUAUUGGGAAUGGUAGGUUAUUAGAAGUUGUUGCUAGAAGGGAUAGAAGAAGAAUUAGGGAACGUACUGCAUGA